AUGACCGUUCGCACCUCUAAUUCACAACCUAACAGCUCCAUUAGAGACCUCAUUAAUUUUGACACGCGAGAUGCUCAAGCCAUUCAAAGUGCAGCUUUAAAAUUACGACCUUACAUCCCCUCCAUCAUUGACACUGUACAACAGAAUGUCGCCCAACAUUUCGAGAUAACAACCGAACUUCAUUUUGGAAGAGAACCUUUGCGGAGGUACCUUGGCCGAAUAAUGAGCGGGCCGUAUGAUAGCCGCUUCUUUGACUAUCUAGAUUGGGUCGCUACGCAGCAAGCCGAUUCGGAUUAUGUAUAUAUCAACACGCUGCUAGGGCAGUUAGAGACAGCAAUGGUUCACAAGGUUUUGGCAUUGAACUUGAUCGACCGUACCAUCGAAGAAACCAUCAUCAACGCAUUCAACAAACUGUUUUGGAUGCAGAACCACUUCUUUGUAAAAAAUUAUGCGCCCAACAUCAAAAGCAGCAGCAGCAGUAGUAGUAGUAGUAGCAGGACGAACAACAGCGGUCGCAGGUCGACUGUCGUUGCCUUUGUCCGGGGUAUACCCGAGUUUUUGCGCACUUGUCCCAUGUUCCCUGUCGUUGUCGGUGCAGUCGUUGGUGGAACGACGGUGUACAUGAAAAUGAAGGAUAGACGGUGA